AUGCGUUUCUUAUUAUUUCUUCUCUAUAAAGAAAUUGAUCCAAGUUGUAAUUCAGAAGAUGGAAAAACACUCAUUAAAGUCAAUGAUACAUCACAAUAUCUUAAAAUAUCAGCUAAAUGCGAAAUAAUUCAAAGCUACUGCUUUUCCAAAUUAAAAUCUUUAUCUUCUUUUACAUUUGAAGAUAAUCCUAAUUUAACAACUAUUGGAUAUUCUAGUUUUAAAGAAUGUUCAAAUCUAACUAUAGUCAAUUUAUCAAUCUGUAGCAAGCUAACAACAAUUGAUAAUUAUGCAUUUUAUCAAUGCGAGAAAGUUACUGAAAUUCUUUUCCCAAAUGGACUUUCAGAGAUAGGAAUUUGCACUUUUUAUAAUAACUAUUUAGUAAAAUUUAUAACAAUUCCAGCAACUGUUAAAACCAUGAACUCUGUUGUAUUUGAUGGCUUACGUAGACUAGAAAAUAUAACUUUUAUGAUUGGUUUAGAUAGUAUGGUAUUUUCAAGUUGCAAAAUACCUUCUUCGUUUCAAAUACCAGAGAAUGUAUCUAGAGUUCAUGGACAAGCAUUCGAUGGCUGUGAAAUAACAAAUAUUUCAGUUCAUCCCCUAAAUCAAUAUUUAUAUGUGGAAAACAACAUUAUUUAUUCAGCAAAUUAA